AUGUCGAUUCUUAUGAAAAUCAAGGAAAUUGAGGAUGAGGUAUGUAUUCUUCGUUUUGUUGUUGAACUUUUAGAUGAAGAAUGAGUUUGUGGAGGUGAUCUUGAGGCUUUUGAGAGUCUAAGGUAGUAUAAAUCUUCAAGUUUUUAGGCUUUACGGUUUAAUCUAUCUAUAAAUCACUAGUUCUAUCAAUUUACUUCGAAAUUCAAGUUAUUCUAGCUGGAUCGGGUUUAACUAGGUCUCAAAUCGCUGCCAGCUUCUAUCCACAGAUUUUUUUGGUAUCUAAGGCCCUGGCAUUUGGCCUGUUUCUGAUAUUAUACUUCUUGUUACCACUUCAAACCUAAAAAUUUAGUUUUUUUUACGAAAAAUUUUCUGUUUCUUUGAGUACCUCUAAUUACUAGCUUCACACUCCAACUAGCUGACUUAUCACUUCCGUUGGUACUCUUUCUUGUAAGAUGUUUAUAAAAACGAUUUCAUUUAUUCUUUUCAUUGACGUAUAUUACUUUAGAUGGCAAGGACACAAAGGAAUAAGGCCACAAUGGGUCAUUUGGGUCUGUUGAAAGCGCGGUUAGCCAAACUUCGACGUGAGCUGAUUUCGCCGAAAAGUGGUGGUGGUGCCCAGGCCGGAGAAGGAUUCGAUGUGGCCAAGACUGGAGAUGCACGAAUUGGUUUCGUCGGUACGGUUUAA